CCGUUGAUGUGUAUGGAUGGAUACAGCGUUUAUUCGCAGCUUCGGCGCCGGCUCCACAAGCGGAACACGAACGAGCCGCGAUCAACAACGGUGCCUCGACGGUUUUGUUAUGAUUUGCACGGUUAGUCUGAGGCCAAGCGCCGAACAGGUCGAACGUUUUUUUUUGUUUGCCGCCGUCGUGUGCGUGUGUGCUGCUAGCUUCGUUCCCGUCGUAGCCCUAAUCGAAGCUGAGGGGAGAUAAACUACGGAGAAGAGUGCGAAACCUGUCGCAAACUGUUUCCUUCCAUUAUAGUAGCCUCGAUUAAAGUUCGCGAAAGAGAAGAAAAAGAAAAAAAAAAGUUGAUUAAUUAUUAAAAGUGCGCGGCCGCUUUCUCCGGUGUUUUUGUUUGAGUACGCAGUUUUGACUUUUGGAAGAUCGGACGGAUUAUGAUGGAGGCUGUUCUCCAGCAGAAACCAACCGCGUCAGUCCACCGGUCGUAAUCGUAAUGAAUUUCCCGGAAUAAAUCGUGCCGCACUGCAGCAGUAGCUGAAUGAUAUCAUUGUCGUGGCGAGUCCGCCCAGGGAACCGAAUCACAGAGCCAAGUGCCAAGUCACUGAGUUAGUCGGUGAGUGAGUGAGUGAGUGACUUGAGUGAAUAGCACCGAAGGGCUGUAGGAUGCCUAUUUGUACGCUGCCGACGGUUAGGAUCUACGAAGACUUUGACAAGAUCAGUGCCAAGGAGGUGUACUUCACGGACGCCGGAGAAAAGAUAACGCUCAAAUUGUUGCAUUUUCCGGAGCUGAGCCCCGAGGAACAGGAGCAACUGCAGAAAAAUAUGCCGGACAGCGGGGACGACAGUGAGAAUGCACGUGGUGAGGGCGGCAUUGGGACGCCCCCGCCGAUGGAAGAUCGUCAGAGGCAGCGAAAAAAAUCCACCGGUCGCAAGAUCAGCAACGAGCAGCGCCGUAGCAGUGCGGGUGGGGCAAGAAAAAAUUCCAAGGAAGACUUGCUGGUGGAACAGCAGGCGCAGAGUGUCGUAGCUCAUCAUCAUCACAAUGUGCAUCACCAUCACUACCAUCACCAUCACCACCACCAUCACCAUCCGCACAGCUGUCAUCAGUCGCGACCGUCGCCAGGCAUGGGUUCGGUGGAGGAGUGCAGCAAUGGACCGUCGUCGUCCUCGUCGUCGUCGUCGUCGUUGCGUCGCAGACUCACCGCCGCCAAUCGGUCACCGUCGCCGAGACAUGGCACUUCCAGUCUCUCUCCGGGGUACGAACAGUACCAAAUGUCCCUGCUGGAAGUUCCGAUGCCGUGGGACUACGGGGACGCCUCCAGUGAUGAUCUCAGCUCCGAGUGGGAUUCGGAUGUGCCGGAUAUGCGCCCCGAUCAGGGACCGAAGCCCUCGGGAUGGCGAAAAUUGCGCAACAUCGUCCAGUGGACGCCAUUCUUCCAGACGUACAAGAAACAACGGUACCCCUGGGUUCAGCUCGCCGGUCACCAGGGAAACUUCAAGGCCGGACCCGAUCAGGGCACAGUGCUGAAGAAGCUGUGCCCCAAGGAGGAGAAGUGUUUCAAGGUCCUCAUGAAAGAUGUCCUCCGGCCGUACGUUCCUGAGUACAAAGGCCAAGUGAACAGCGAUGAUGGAGAAUCCACCUACAUCCAGUUGCAAGAUCUGCUCAGUGACUACUACCAGCCGUGCGUGAUGGACUGCAAAAUUGGCGUACGGACCUACCUGGAGGAGGAGCUGUCCAAAGCCAAAGAGAAACCGAAACUGCGAAAGGACAUGUACGAAAAGAUGAUCCAGAUCGACCCGAACGCACCGACCGAGGAAGAACACCGGGCCAAGGGGGUCACCAAACCACGCUACAUGGUCUGGCGGGAAACGAUCUCCAGUACCUCGACGCUCGGUUUUCGGAUAGAGGGCAUUAAGAAAAGCGACGGUACCAGUUCGAAGGAUUUCAAAACGACCAAAUCCCGAGAACAGAUCACGGAGGCGUUCAAAGAAUUCACCGAAGGCUUCCCGCAUGCAUUGCCUAAAUACAUCCAACGAUUGAAGGCGAUCCGUGCCACCCUCAGCUAUUCGGACUUCUUCCGGCGACACGAGGUGAUCGGCAGUUCGCUGUUGUUCGUGCACGAUCGACAUAACGCCAGUGUGUGGUUGAUCGAUUUUGCCAAGACGGUGGUUCUGCCGGACAGUGUGACCAUCAGUCACGAUAGCACCUGGAAGGUUGGCAACCACGAGGAUGGCUACCUGAUUGGGAUCAACAAUCUGAUCGAGAUAUUCGAUGAACUGCUCGAAGCUCGACAGGCAGCACUCAACGAGCGGAUACCGAGGCUGUCGUUGCCGGAUCUGGACGAUUCCGGCAAUAACAAUAAUAACAACAACAACAAUAACAUUAAUAUCCGCCGUCGAAGUAGUCGCGAAGAAAAGACAUUCGUCAGUCGAGAGGAAGAUGCGUCGUCGGCCGUUGAUUUGACGACUUUAACAUUGAGUUCGAGUCUGCUGACAGAAGGCACCGGUGAAACCUCGGGCAGUGUUGCCAACUGUCUGAAUAAUAACAAUUGCGACUGUAAAGCCGAUGACAGCUAGAAGCAUUGACGAGUGUGUGUGUGUGUGUGUGUGUGUGUGUGUGUUUGGGUGGAUGUUUCUGUUUGUGUGUGAGAAUAUUUCAUAUCAAGAGUCUGACGUUGAAUUGAAACUAAGCUGUCGAUUUUUGAAACAAUGGCAAAAAUUUCCAUCAAUGACGUUUCGGAACCAUAAAUUGUAUUACAGUAUACGAUAGCCAGCUAUAGUUUAACAGUGUACAACUCGAACAGUAAGGCAGAUUAGUUUCUUUUCCUAUAGGAUGAGAUUUUUCGUUUCAUAAUUGUUUUUUCGCGAUUCUGAUAGGCAAAUACGUAAUCAGUUUAACAUAUUUAUCGUACACAUGAUCCUUAUUCCAUUUGGCUAUUCUAGAAGUUGAGUGCAACGAAAUUGUGUUUGUUAUAAUGAGUAAUAAUUAUAUGCAUUUUAUGAUAUAUUUU